UAAAAAUUUUCAAAAUAAAAUAGAAUUCGUUUUUGGUUCCGUUUUGGCUCUAUUUGGCGAGUAAUUUUUCUUAUACUGAUGCACUUCUGAAAAAACUUAAAGCUUACUUUGGCAUAGAUUACCUCUGAAAUAUAUUUUUUUAAAACAGAAAAUAUAUUUUUGUAGUCUUUUAUGGUAAGCAAGCCAGAGCUUGUUUAUAUGUCAAUAUUAGCCUGCUUUUUAAUUUGCUAAACAUUGGGCUAACUUUGUUAUAAGUCACUAAAAUCACUAAGUAACAGAUCGUAAAAUGGUGGAAGAAGAAGCACCAGAAAAAGAACCCGGACUUCCAACUAUGGAGGAACUUGAUGAUACUGGCGAAAUUGAGCUUUUACCGUUUUACAAUGAUGAGGACCUGUCUAGUGAAAAUAGUGACGAUGAUAUUGAAGACUUGACUUCGGAAGCUUCAGUAAACGAGAAUAUUGAAUAUAUUGCAUCAAAUAAUAACGCUGAGUUAGAGUCCACUCCAAACGAGGAUCAGAAUAUUUUGUGUAAAAUCUGUCACAUCAAUUGUGGAGCAAAUUAUGAUACCAUGAUCUACAUUAUAAGUUUCCCUUCUGAAGAGAAUGACAUCAUUGAAAUAUCUUCCCUCUUUGAAGAAUCGUCUUGAGGUACUUCAUCGCUUUUUUUACACCUUUAGGAUUUAGUUCAAUUACGAUGAAUAUGAAGCUUUCUAAACUUUUUGUAAACGCCUUAACGAUUAAAUUGAUGUCUUGAAACGUAUAAAUUAAGUGAAUGAUGUGAAAAAAUUGGAUUGGACUGAAAAUGAAUAUGGAAGCCUAUAACGUAAAUAAUAAUAUUUUCUUAAAAUUUUUUUUUUAACCAAAAGUGACUGAUACUCGUAUAUAUACACACAAC